AUGGGUCUUACACUCCGACGUAUUGUUGUACUUUGCGUUACCACGACGUUCGUGUUCCUUGCGUUUCAGCAGCUGCGGCCUCGCUAUGAGUUCCCUUCGCCGACCUUCACAUCGUCUCAGUUGAUUGAGAAUCCUGUCAAGUGGAAAGACAUUCCGCUGCGACAUCCUGUCUCCUCAAUAGCCCCACUACCCACCGGCGAACCCGUCGCUAUACCGAAGAUACAACACGCGUUCGGAGUCGAGACGAGCCACAAUAAGGAGCAGAGACUGCAGCGGCAGGCUGCAGUAAAGGAAGCAUUCUUGCAUACAUGGAAUGGAUACAAGAAAUAUGCAUGGCUCCAGGACGAGGUUACGCCAGUAACAGGAGGGUUUAAAAAUGGCUUUGGGCAACGCGGCGCAACGCUGGUCGACACGUUGGACACCUUGGUUAUAAUGGGACUUGAAGAGGAAUUCGACGAGGCUGUGAAAGCAGUCAAGAAAAUCGAUUUCACGACCUCAGGCUUGCAGCGCCUGAACGUCUUCGAAACGACCAUAAGGUUUCUUGGAGGAUUGUUGAGCGCGCAUGACCUGAGUAACGGCAAGCAUCAUUCCCUUCUGGUGCAUGCUACAGAGCUCGGAGAUAUGCUGUACACAGCUUUCGACACUUCGAACAGAAUGCCCAUCUCUCGCUGGGAUUGGGAGGGAGGCGCAACCAACAAAUUCCAGCAAGCCGACGGCCAAUCCCUCAGCGCCGAACUAGGCUCCCUCAGCCUCGAAUUCACAAGACUAUCCCAGCUCACCGACGAGCCCAAAUACUACGAUGCGAUCCGCAGAAUCACAGACAUACUAGAAGUGCACCAGAACCGCACAAACCUCCCAGGCCUCUUCCCCGUUCUCAUCAACCCCCUCGACGAGAAAUUCGACGGCGACACAUUUACUUUCGGCGGCAUGAGUGAUUCCCUAUACGAGUAUUUUCCCAAGCAGUAUCUCCUGCUAGGUGGACUGAACGAUCAGUACCGACGCCUCUACGAAGGCGCUAUGAAGCCCGCCAAAGAGCAUUUAUUCUUCCGCCCGUUGAUACCGCAGAAUCAGAACAUCCUGAUCUCCGGCACUGUGCGCACGAGCACGCUGGGUACCGUCAAGUUGGACCCCGAAGGCCAGCACCUAACCUGCUUCGCUGGCGGCAUGGUAGCUCUCGGCGCGAAGAUAUUCAAUCGCACGGAAGAUAUGGAUGUUGCGCGGAAACUCGUCGAUGGGUGUAUUUGGGCAUAUGAUUCGAUGCCUACUGGCGUCAUGCCCGAGACGUUCAAGACGAUUCCGUGCAAGGGCGAGGAAGAUUGCAAAUGGAGCACUGACCGUUGGCACGAGGUGUUGAAGAAGAGUUCGUCGAUUGAGUACGUUGAAGGAUCGGAUGUGAGGGAACUGAUUGAGUCGGCGGGAUUGCAGCCGGGGUUUACGAGCAUUGAGGAUCCACGCUUUUUGUUGAGACCCGAGGCUAUCGAAUCAGUCUUCAUCCUCUACCGCAUCACAGGCGAUCCCACGCUUCAAGACGCAGCGUGGCGCAUGUUUGAAGCCGUCAACAACGCGACGUAUGCCGAGUACGCGCACUCGGCCAUCGCGGACGUCACGAUACCGGAAGGCAAGACGACGGAGAAGCUGGACGAGUGCGAAAGUCUCUGGAUGGCGGAGACGUUGAAGUACUUUUAUCUCAUCUUCAGUGAGCCGAGAUUGGUCAGUUUGGAUGACUAUGUUUUGUGA